UGUGCAGGUCGAACGGUUCCGUCGGACCUUGGCUGCGAGGAACACGGACAUUUGUUUUUUGCUUUAGCUUCCCGUGCGCGGUCCGCAUUUGCUCCGGUAACCAGGAGAUGGAGAUCAGCAAAACGAUUGGCAUUGCGGCCGGAGUGGCCGGUACACUGUUCCUCGGCUACUGCAUAUACUUUGAUCACAAGCGGCGAAAGGAUCCGAGCUUCAAGAAAAAAUUGCGCGAAAGACGGAAGAACAAGAAAUCGGCCGCAUCGGCUGGUCCAAGGACAACAAUUCCGAAUCUGACAGAUCACGAGGAAGUGCAAAGAUUCUUCCUUCAGGAGAUACAAACCGGCGAGUCGCUUAUCGCGGCCGGUGACAUCGAGAACGGUGUGGAGCAUUUGGCCAAUGCGGUGAUCGUGUGCGGUCAACCGACACAGCUGCUACAGAUCCUCCAGCAAACGCUGCCAGCCCAGGUGUUCGCCCUGCUGAUCACACGUAUGCGACAGUACGGCAACCAGGCGAGUGAAAACGACAAAAUUAAGUUGCAGGACAUGAACGACGAUUUGGAGUAGAGGUAGCGCAGAGAGAGAGAGGUUCGUCAGCCGUCGUCUUGUGAGGUUCUACCUCUGGUGACGAUGGUUGCAUUUGCAGAACGGAGCGACAGAAAACACAAAAGCAAUGAUACGGCCAAUUCCGGAAUUCACCAAAUCGAUACCGGUGAUUCCCGCGGCGACAGAGCAGGAAGCGCCAUUCGUUCGUGCACUUCCGUCAGGAGGUUAUACCAUUCUUCGUUCGCGUGUGGUCGCUACUCGCUACUGCAAUUGCACAAAAACUCGUCCCAUUCGUAGUGAAGCCAAAUCCGUUUAGUAAUUCCAAACCAACUGAAAAGCCCGUAACACACACUCGCACACACAUACCACCCUUUUGUUGCUGGAAGUAAAGGACAAGGAUUGUUCGUCGGGUUGAUCCUCUCCGGGAGUUUCUUUCGGGUUUCUCUUCUCCAGUAGGAUGCUCCAGUAUCCUUUGCUGUGCAAAAACUAAAACACCAACAAACGAGGGCGUACUAGCGAGAGAAAGAGUGGCCAUCCGAAACAACCUGACAAGAGCGCUGUAGUGUGUUUAUGUGCAAACUAAUACAGGAGAAGGAACGACCACGAACCUUUACUAAAUCGAUUCACACAAAUUAAAUAAAAAGCAAAUGAAAGAAGAAACUGAAACGGAGUUCCUCGUUGAACCAUCACACAGACCGCAAGCACGGGACGCUUUAGGGACGAAACCCAACAAACAAUCUAUAUGAAUAGAAAAUAGCUUUUCGGAGAAUAAACGAUAUCCAGUGUUAUUUCAUGAAAA